ACCUUAGGUUUUACUGCCACUUCCGGUCACGUUUAUCUCUUCUGCGGUCGGUUCUGUCUUCGAUAUUAUUCUCUCUUUCUCUCUCUCUGUUUAUUCUGGUCCAAGUCUCCUUUCUCUCGUAAGAAGAUCUUAGUUUGUUUUCUUCCUCGAAGGUGCUUCUCUUGUAACCAUGAAGAAUCCUAAGGGUAAGGGAGCAGCAAAGAACACUAAGGGAGCUCUGAAGCCAGUUGAUGAUAGAAAGGUAGGGAAGAGGAAAGCUCCUGUUGCAGCGAGUACGAAACGUGAAGCUAAGAGAGAGAAGAAGGCCAAGAAAGAUCCUAAUAAACCUAAGAGGCCUCCCAGUGCUUUCUUUGUGUUCUUGGAGGAAUUUAGAACGACUUUCAAAAAAGAAAAUCCUAACGUGAAGGCUGUGUCAGCAGUUGGGAAAGCAGGAGGAGAGAAAUGGAAAUCCAUGACUGCUGCUGAAAAAGCUCCAUAUGAGGCCAAAGCUGCAAAAAAGAAGGCUGAAUAUGAGAAGCUUAUGAAUGCCUACAACAAGAAGCAGAAUGAUCGUAGUGAUGAAUCAGAUAGAUCAAGAUCUGAGGUGAAUGAUGAAGAGGAUGAAGCAAGUGGAGAGGAGAAGGAAGAUAUGGAGAACGAGGUUGAAGAUGGAGAAGAUGAGGAGGAAGAAGAUGAAGAGGACUGAAAUCCGAUAAAUUUUGUUUCAUGACUUGGCAAACACUAUGGUUUGAUCUAAGUGAUAGAUUUUGCAUAUGUUGACUUGUUAGAUGAGCUAUGGUGUUUGGUAUUUUGGAAUAUAGCACAUCAGCUCAUGCUGUGACACUGAUAUUUUGUUAUACUUGGAUAUUCACCGCGGAUAUCUUCUGUAAUUAAGUAUUAUAGCUAAUAUUUCCAUUAAAAAAAGCAUUAUAGCUUAGACGUGA